CGCAAUCCCUGUGCGUGGGCAUGCUCAGAAGCAGCGCUCUCAACAAUGAUAGCAGUCGCUGUUCGGGAUACUCGCUCCCAAGCCGAAUAUAUAAGAGAAAGGCAUGAAUGACAUGAACCUGAGUCCAGUGGGGAUGGACCAGCUGAGUGUCCCCUCUGUGAGCGGAGCCAUUCCUGUGAGCGGAGGACACCUGGGCCUGCCUACAUCUCCCCCGCACAGCUCCAUCCACACGCCCCAUGUGGGGGUAACGCAAGUAAGCAAGGGAGCCGUGAUGCCCUGGUUUUGUUCAGGAAACAACCGGAUCGAUGAGUUACUCACUGCCGACGUCGCUGGACCGGUCCGGUUUGUAACCCCUCCUGUGCUCUCCUGCUUGAUCGCCGUAGGUAUCCUGUCGUAUCUGGCCGACCGGCCGCCCCCCCAGUACAUCCACCCCAGCAGCCUCAACAUGGACGCCGGCGCGCCCCUCUCCGUGCCCAGCAACCCCUCCUCCCUGGACCCCUACCAGCCCGGGGGGGCGGUGGGGCUGGAGCCCGGCAUGGUGGCCCUGGACUCGCGGCAGCAGGUGGGGGGGCACGGUGCCGGGGGGCUCCACCAGGGCGGCGCCCACGAGGUGCCCCUGGACGCCGGCCUCUCGCUGGACCCCCCCCGCGUGAGCAGCCCCAUCUCCCCCGACGGCAUGGGCGAGGAGCCGGCCCGGAGCCACGAGGGCAUGGCGGUGGACGGGGGGGCCGGGGUGAUGCCCCUGCACGCGGGCGGGGGGCUGGAGCUGCCCGUGGUCCUGGAGCCCGAACUGCACCCGGCCGGGUUGAGCUCCGGCCCGGUCAGCGUGGUGCUGUCCCACCCCAUCGCCCCCCUGGAGCCCGCCGGCAUGGGCCUGGAGCCGGUCAAUGCCGCCGCCGCCGCCGCCGGCACCGAGGUGCCCCUGGGGCCCGAGAACCUGGUGCUGGUCCCGUCCGUGCUCCAGCUGGAGGACUCCAACUCCAACAAGGAGAACCUGGCCGCCGCCUUCACCAUCUGUGAGUAUGGGUGGAUUGUAGGAUCUGCGGGGGGGGGGGGGGGUUUUUCUGGGCGGCUCGCAGGCCCUGCAGCCAGAGGGGGCAGCUCACUCAUCCCGCCGCCCCCCCCGUCGUCUUUCCCGCGCAGCACCGGGGAGGAGCAGAACCUGGUGGCCUACCCCCACAGCGGGAAGCUGUACUUCUGCUCCUCGAGGGACAUCCCCCCCGACCACGAGCUGCUCUACUACUACAGCCGCGACUACGCCCGGCAGAUCGGUGUCCCCGAGGUCCCGGACGCCCAGGUGUGUCACUGCCGGAAGGAGUGCUCCUCCUACGGUCCUCCCCUUGCGCCCGCAGGCCAGAAGAACUACCGCUGCUCGGUGUGCGAGAAGUCCUUCACCCAGAAGGCCCACCUGGCUUCCCACAUGAUCAUCCACACGGGCGCCCGGGACCUGAAGUGUGAGCACUGCGACCGGCUCUUCAUGCGCCGCCAGGACCUCAAGCAGCACGCGCUGACCCACACCCAGGAGCGCCAGAAGAAGUGCCCCAGGUGCGACAAGCUCUUUUGGCGGACCAACCACCUGAAGAAGCACCUGAACUCCCACGAG